AGGCAGCCAUUUCCACCCUCCUCACCCCUCUCUGUGUGAAGAAGGACGGUCUCCUGGUCUCUGUCCUCAGUCGAUCUUGUCUUGAUACCGCAUUGUCGUAUCUCUGAAAAAGUUUCAGCGCUGUGUGUUUUUAAAAGGCCAGCUGCAUCCUGUUUCAGUCAUUCUUAGCCUCUGUAGAAAAACUAAAAGGUGUUUUUGACAUUUCCGUUUUAAAAGCUGCCACAUUUUUUUUUUUUUUUCCCAAGGCCACUCGAAAACUGACCGUUUUUAUAUUGAGUUAGUUUGUAACCGCGGCAGCUCUUAAAACACGUUCAAGUUUUUAUUUUUAUUGGCUGCCAGUAGUCCACAAACGCAAUUAAUUUAAAUGCGGCAAGAGAAAAACGUAUAGGUUCACAUGACAAAAACGCAGGAGGCUUUUAAAAGAAUAUUAAUAACAAAAGCACAAAGCGGUCGAACGCUUUCUUGUUUCAUAGAUUACAGAGCGGAGAUUGAAAGGUGGGUACAUACAGGGUGUCAGUGGGGUGUUUAAAUAGAUACACAUUACUGUACAUAUAUAUUUACAUACAUACAUGCAUUCAGACCACGAGCAGUAGAUGAUACAGUGUUGUUCCUAUAAAGUCGUGCAAGGGCGCAGACCCUUGACCACAAAUACACACACCCCUUCUGUGCUUUAAAAUGCCCCCCCCCCACGCACACACACACACACACAUAGACACAGAGACACAAAUAGACCGCCAGAGGAAAUGUAGCGCGAUAAGACGUAUUAUUCUCGUGAAAAACAAAAAAAGAACACAUUUUAAGAAGAACUGGGAAGCCUGGUUAAUGACUCAGGUGGCUGCGCGCAGAAUAAGGAUCGGCUAAAGCUGGGUGUUCAGAAACGAUAUUCUAAAAAAUAAAAUAAUAAUAAUAAUAAUAAUAAUAAUAAUAAUAAUAAAGCAACAGUCGCUCUGUCGCAGAAGCCUUGACACGUCGUUUCCAUUCACGCGGAAUUGUAAAAUGUCUACACACCGGAGAUCGCUUUAUUUCAAUUACGCGCUGUCCGUUUGCAUCGCGCUGCCGGGUUUGCUGGCGGACAGUUCAUUAUCUCCUGGCCCAGGCGUGAACGGGACUGUGGGGGAGUCCGUUGUCUUGCCCGCUGGUUUGUCUCAACAGUCAAACAUUGACGUGGAAUGGAGAUGGGGUGGAAAAACCAUUGCUCUGAGUUCUAGUGAUCUAUCAACUGAGUUCGGAGAUAGGCUUCAUCUGAACAGAACAGACUGGUCUUUAACAAUCAAUCGGCUCAGAGCAGAAGACACUGGAGAAUAUAGCCGUGUUGCCAUUAUAGCUACCGGUCAGCUACCAACACGCAUGAUUACGCUUCAUGUCUAUGAAAAGAUCUCGUCGGAGGUGAGGAGGACACCAUCGAACGAAACCUGCAGUGCAACGCUGCUGUGCACCGCGAACCAAACAAAACAUGUCUCCUACCGCUGGAAGAGAGGGGACCAGGAUUUACCCGAGCACGCUGGGAAGCUGGAGGUGUCCCUGAGCGCAGGAGAGACGGGUGUGAUCUUCACCUGCAUCGCCUCUAAUCCAGUCAGCGAGGCAGCAGCAUCUAUCCGGGAGAGCUGUGAAAAUAGCACAAUGCGGUGGCUCUCUGACUGGAGGAUCUACUCUGGCAUAGCUGGGGCGUUGCUGCUGCUUCUCCUCAUUUGUGUUGUAGUGCUGUGGCAGAAGAAGAAAAAGAAACACGAUAAAGCUGUGGAACAAACUUCCCAACAUCAAACUGUCUAUGCAGAGAUUCAGAGAAAAAGUACACAGAGGAAUCACGUUGAAAAGUCUUCAAGAGCCCAACAGAGUGACAGUCUCCCGAUGACCGUUUAUGAGACUGUGAAUCUCAGACAGGCACCAGGAAAGUCUUGUAAAAUAGUGAAAUUCAACCAAAACGAGGAGCGAUCACCUUAUCAACAAAUACUGUAGAGUCAACUGGGACUCCUCAAAGGGAAUGUGCAAACCUUGAAAAUAUCAGUGAUCAAGAUGAACGUGCCACAUAUGUGAUAGUAAUAAAUACUAAUAAUAAUACUAA